AUGUCUUCUAUGCUUAGAAAAGGUGGAAAGUCAUUUAAACCAAGUGCUCGUCCUCGUCCCAAUGCCCCCAGGCCUUCUUCAUCACAACCUGCUACGCGUCCAAGUUCUGAGAUCCAAUCACAACCCCCAGUAUCUGCGUCACAACCAUCCAAUCCUAUACCUGCAUUGAUCGAAAAUGUUACUGAAAAGGAACCAUCACAAACUACCACUUCGAGUUCGACUCAAUUAACCCCGCAAUCACAUCCGACCCCGCAAGCCGAACCUCAACUAUCACUUAAUACUUUGAAUAACGAUGAUACUGCGAUAAUUGACAGUACGGCCAAAAGAAAGGUCAGGGAAGAUGGAGCUGGCACCGACGCCGAACUUGAGCAACCGCCUUCAAAGGCCCGCAAGUUGACACCUCCGGAUGAGGUGCAGCCUUCCGAAAUAAACGCACCCUCUCAAACCAUUCCAGUCGUAUCUGCAGGCACACACGAAGCAGUGCCGGCUUCUCCAACUACGCAAGGGCCGAUUCAACCUAGUCGCAUUGAGGAGGAUCAUGCAAGUGGCAAAGGGUUGCCUUCAAUUGGCCAUUCAAUUACAGAUAAUGCUACGAAUGAAGAAUCUGUCCCAGCAAAAUCAAUACAACCUUCAAGCGAUUCUACCUCUACCACCCCUGGAGAAAUAUCUCGAACCAAUACCACAAUUGACCAAGGACAAGGACCUGGACAAGUAUUUAAUGGGGCUAUGCAAACACCACUCGAAUCUUCUGAGGAUCUUGAUUUAUCUAGCAUGGGAGCGGGUGAGGCUAGUCAGGCAUCUCAUCUAGUUUCUACGGCUACACCAACUUCCAAUGAAAUAUCUACCCCCGCCGAUGGAGAAGUGACGUCAACCACUGAAAAGCCGAGGAAAAAAGCAGCACCAAGGCAGAAGAAGGUUCAGGUUGAGGAUGGUGGGGAACUUAGAACUGAAGUAGAGAUUCAACUCAAUAAACCACGCAACGCUGGAGGACAAGCUCGAGAACACAGAAAGACGGACAGUGAGCCAGUGAGAAAAAGAAAGGAUCGGGAAGCCACGCCAGAAGAUGCAGAAAAUGAAGUCAUUGAACCAACGGUUAUGAAGAUGGCAGAUCUUUGCAAGGAUAUUCGCAUUGGCAAGAAGUUCAGUAAGCAUGACGAACUCAAGCUGAGGCAUGCCAGAAAGAAGAUCGAUGCGCAAUUGACCGAACGUCCUGAACUUGCAGGUUUGGUGAACAAUGCGCCAGCUGAGGAGAAUGCCGAAUCUCGUGUGGAACCUGCCGAAGCGCCAGCUCCUAUCUUCAACAACAACGGAUUGCAAAUGCGAGUCAUAGAUGGACAAAUUGUACUGGACGACCAAUCGUUACAAGUCGAUCGACAUAGGCAAGCACGGAAUCAAGGCCAAGUGCUGGAAGAAAUCGAAGAGAACGAGUUUACAAGAGCAGUGAACUCUGGACAAUAUAUGAAGCGUGCUCCAGCUGGUCUACGACAGUUCGGUACAGCAUUUGAAAUGAUUGCUGCAAUGUUUCCGGACCGCAAUAGAAGACAGAUCAAAUUGAAGUUUGUUCGGGAAGAACGCCAAAAUCCAGCUAAAGUGGACCGGGCUCUUAAGGGCAAGACAGAUGAGAUUGAUUUUGAAGAGUAUACUCAGCUUACGGGUAAAAAAUUUGAGGACUCUGCAGAUAUUCAAGCAGAACAUCAACGACUUGAAGAUGAGCAUAACGCAGAGGAAGAGAAAGCUGAAGCUGCCAAAGCGGCUGCUGAUAGGAAAAAGAAAGAAGCUAUUUCCAAUGCUGUUAGAAGAGGAAAGGGCGAUGCCGGGGGUGGUAGCGAUGGUGAAGAUGGACCGGAAUCACAAAAAGAAAACGUGGGUGUUGUUUUGACCGGAAAUGGGAAGAGGAAACAAGCCAAAUCUAAGAAGUCCAACAAGGCUUCUAUGCAAGGUGGUGGAGAGGAAAUCGAAAUUCUUGGCACGGUGUAA